UCCAUUUGGAAAAUGCGGCGUUAGAUGAUCUUGACUUAGCUAAUGUACUUCGUCAGAAAUUCAGGGAAGAUCCCGUCAUGAAACAGCAAGCUGCACAAAAUACUUUUAGUAUGCUUAUGAAUGCUCAAAGAAAGGCCCAGGUUCAUACUAUUAAACAUAUGAACAGCAGUUCUUUACCCACAGCAUCCUAUACUUGCUACAAAUGCAUGCAAAACUGUGCCUGCGAUGUGUGUGCUUUUUGUGAAAAGCGUGUUUGUCAAAAUUGUAUUCAACAGUGCAAUCAAUGUCAAAACCUUUAUUGCAGCACCUGUUCUGAAAUAGACUACUCUUUAUCGAUGGAUCGAGUAUUCUGUUUAUCAUGUAAACAACACGAUUCAAUUUGAAUUGAUCUACGAUACUAUACACAUAUCUACAUAUACCCUUACAAAAAUUGGUUGAACAGCUACCAAUUCUACUUAAUUACCAAUUAAAACGUAUGCAAUAGAAGCUUCUGAACAAAUGCAAUCAUUUUUAUCUUUUUAACUAGAAUUGAUAGUUCAACCAUAAGAACGGACAAAAUUGCUCGCAUAAGCAA